CAGACGGUGAUAACAUACAUACUGCAGACAGCUGAGCAGACAAAUUUCAUACGUGGUUAAACCGGUCUGGGACGCCUACAAAACAUCGUGCAAUUCACCAAGACCCGUAGGCGGUUUGCAGGAAGGUCCAAGCCACAAGAUCAGGGCCUAUAGAAGUUUGCAGUUCAAGUGUGAUGUACCAUUCCCAGCACCACUGACAUCCAUGCCACUAAUGCACACCGACAUGGGCAAGAAGAAAACAGCAACAAGAAAACCCCUCAUCACUGCAGCGUCAGCCGGACACUACCGAAAAGUCUCCCAGCUUCUGGACACUGAUGGUGACCUAGACGUGCGUGACAAAGACGGGAGGACUGCGCUACACUGUGCUGUGAAGAACGGACACUUGAAAGUUGUGGACAUCUUGCUGACUAGGGGGAACUGUGGACGAUCGUUGCGCAUGCGUGAUCCCUACGGCUGGGCUGCGAUCCACUUCGCUGCGCAGUUCAACAACAAGAACAAUGUGAUCGGUUUGCUCUUGGACAGGGGAGCGGACGCCUCAAUGAAAACUUACCGAGGGUGGACCGCGCUUCAGCAAGCUGCGUGGAAGGGCGACUGUUACACCAUCGCAUCACUCCUAAGCCACGAGCAUGUCUCGAAACGAUCGGUACUCUCUCCAUCACAAGUCUACAGCAGGACUGCGCUGCACUAUGCUGUAGAAAAGGGGCGUUUCGCCGCCACCAAGCUCUUGCUGGAAUUCGGGGCUGACAUUAACGCGAAGGACAUCUUUGGGCAGACACCACUACACCGGGCUGCUCAGGAAAACUCAGUGCGCGAGGUUGAGCUGCUUUUACUAGCAGGGGCAGAUUUUAACGCUAAGGACAGGAACGGAAGACGCCAGCUGAGGUAG